AGAUUUGCAGCACAUCACCUCUCUCUGGUAUCACUCCUCCCUGGGGUCCUCUUCCAAGGCUCAAAAGAUAGUUUCUUUAAAGGAAAUCUACUGCUUUAAUCAGAAUUUGCAACACAGCAGGAUAGUUUCUGACAGAAUUCUGAAAAGUGGACCAACACUUUUAUUCACCUGGAAGCAAAACCUGAGGAGUGAUUCUGAUGGUUUUCAAGGUUUCAGAGAUGAGUCUUCACCAUGCUUUGGGAGAAAUCAACUUCACAAGAAGACUUCGGAGGACUUGCAGACAAUUUUCAUAAUGUAAGAGUUUCAUGGAGUGAAGAUUUCCAUUGGCCUCACCACUGAAUAAUGGAGGAGAUUGGAAUACUGAUUUGUACUUUGAAACCUUUAUUAUGAAUGAUGGAGGAAAACAGUACAUUUCUGAGCGCUGAGUAUAAUGACAGCACCACUGUUUGGGCACCAAUGCCCUCUGCUCCGAGCAGACAGCUGGGCACUCUUCCCAACCCACAAACUCGCUUUAAGGACCUGACAGGGAUAUUUUUCAUGGUGACCCUUAAUGUUCUGGCACUUCUGGCCAACACUGCUGUUCUGGUGGUUGUUAUAAAAGCCCCUCAUCUCAGGAAAUUUGCCUUCGUUUGCCACCUUUGUGCAGUGGACCUGCUGUGUGCCAUCUUGCUCAUGCCUCUGGGCAUUGUAUCCAGCUCUCCGUACUUCGCUGGCGUCGUGUUCACUGUGCUGGAGUGCCAGGUCUAUGUCUUCCUCAACGUAAUCCUCAUAGCUGCCUCGAUCUUCACCAUCACAGCCAUCAGUGUAGAACGCUAUUACUACAUUGUCCACCCCAUGCGCUAUGAGGUCAAGAUGACUCUGAAGCUGACUGCAGCUGUGAUGGUGAUGGUGUGGGUGGCAUCUGCUGUUUUGGGGUUGUCCACUGUGUUCGGAUGGCCGUCUUAUGGCAGCCUGAGUUCCAUCAGUGCGGCUCAUUGCUCACUGCAUUGGAGCUACAGUGAUCACAGACGUGUUUUCUCUGUGUUCUUCAGUGUCACCUGUUUCUGUUUGCCUGCUAUAGUGAUUUUUGCUGUCUACUGUAAUGUGUACAAGGUGGCCCGUGUGGCUGCCCGGCAGCAUGGACCUCUGCCCUCCUGGACAAACAGCCAGCUGAAGCAUCGGUCCGACUCAAUAAACAGCCAGACUACCAUCAUCACAACUCGAAACGCACCUCGCAGGAUUGUGCGUGACCGGCCUUUUGGUGGUGGUAAAGCUGCUCUCACUCUGGUGGUUAUUGUUGGCCAGUUUCUAAUCUGCUGGCUGCCUUACUUUGCCUUCCACAUCCAUUUGACAGUAGAUGUAACGGGCCAGAUCCCUGAUGACCUGGAGGAAACGGUCACCUGGCUGGCAUAUUCCUCCUUUGCUAUUAACCCAUUUUUCUACGGGCUUCUGAACCGGCAGAUCAGGGAGGAGCUGUGUAAGCUGAGACGUUGCUACUCAGCUCGACCAGUGGAGCUGGCUGUCUCCAGCCAUGAGGGCUCAGGCCAUGAGAACUUCAUGCAGUUUCUCCACAGAACCAGCUGCACUUUAGAGACACGUGCAAGCUUUGCUGCAUCCAGUCCUAGAAGCACUCUGGAUCAAACUGGCCAGACUAGUUUCAGGAUACCAGGGCAGAUCCCAGAAGAGUUCACUUAGAUAUACCUCACUGUAGUUUCACAGUAUUAGCAGCCUGCUGGAUGUAAUACAUGACUGAAAAGACUGUUUGCAAUAUGUCAGAAACCAUAUCUGCAUAUAGUUUAGCUGCAAAAGAAAUAAACACUGUUUUUGUCUUUGAAACUUGAUAUAUUUUUACUUUUGUCUAAAGACUCUACUAGAGCUGAAAGCUAAUGGACUUAGUUUCUUUAAAUGGUUGUUACUGUAUUUCUUAAAGCUAUCAGUGAUACAGCUACUGAGGAACUCUGUUUUUACUACAUACUAAGUAAUGUUACUGCAAUCAGUAGAUCCAUUUUUAUCAAAAAGUCAUGAACACAAAUAUCACACUUUUACUUGAAAAGUAAUGAUAGUAUGAUCAGUGAGCAGAUCUACAGAGAUUAUGAGACAGGAGGAAUUUAUGAUCUGCUUAUGCAGUUAUUCAGUUUUACAGAAUUCCAAAAUUCUGACUGCUACUUGUUUUCAUAUGUACAAAUAUAGCAGCAAUACUGUUUGUAUCACACAAUCAAAUGUUGUCAUGUUUUUCAUGUAUACUUUAUUUAUUGUAAACAUUGAGGAGUCACAUUAUGUUAAUGUCAAUAUUUGCUAUUUCUUAUUCAUGUCAAUGUGAAGAUAAACAUAGGAUACUUUAAUUAUUCAAAUGAAUCAUUGUAGGAAUGCAUUUAUUUGUACUGCAUGUUAGAAGCAAGCAUUAUGUACAAGAUUCACGCUCACACAUUUUUAUUUUUAGUUCACUGGCCUAUGAAACUGAUUUAUUCUUUUCCCUGGGCAAGACAGUUCAUGGCCGGACAGUCAUAGAAAUGGGGCUUCUUCAGUUAUUUUCUGUUUUCUGCAAGCAAAAAACACUCAGCUUACUGCUCUCAGCUUAGUUAUAAUCACUGAUUUGAAGGGACAGGAUCUAAAAGGGGCAACAGGGUGCUCUGUCUGUCCUGUACCCACGAGAUCUCCAGCCAGCCUCACCAUUAAAACUCCAUCACGUGUCGUGUCAAAGUAUCCUUGAGCUCUUUCACUGUAUUUUCCCUUGGAUGAGAGUACCAGCUAAAUGCUUUAACAUGGAAAAAAAAUCAGAUUCCCAUCUCUCUGUGAAAACUAAAUCAGUAAUAAUGUUCCUGCAUGUGUUUUCAGUUUGGUAUUUUGUCUCUGUGCAGACAAGCUCUGACUCUGUGGGUCCUGACCUCCAUGUCCUCCAUGUGUCCACUUAUGAAAAGCCUGUGACUAAGACUGAGCCCAGUUAACACAUGAUUAUAUAAGUAGAAAAUGCCAUUUCAUAACAGCUGAGAGGUUGUCUCUAAUACGCUGGUAAUAUGUGGACACAGACAGAUUAACAGCAAAGAAUAUAUUUUUCCAUACAUUUACCGAUGAAUACGACUGAAUUGCCAAAUACAUGCAGACAUUAAAUUAUGGAACAUACA